AAAAACUAAUUCGUUAUUUAAGUUAUUUAUUGUAACAUUUUCUAACAUUUUAUCAGUAGAAGCAACCACCAUAGAAUGGAGGUAGUAGGCCCCACAAUCUUAACCCCUCGCUGACCCCAUCUGAAGCCCCGCCCCUUCCUCUUCCAAACCUGCCAGCUGGUAGUACCACAACAGUCAAAACACAUUUUUUUCAAGUAGCGUCCUUUUUUUCAAUAACUACUUAAAGCAAUUCAAUUAAUUGAUUGCAUUUUUUUGUGUGUGUGAUUUACUCAAAGAUGAAAAAGUGCAACUGCAAACUUCCCGUAGCUACCCAAAGGAAAGAAGAAAAUGAAACGGAAAAUGAAGAAAGUGUGAUAUGGCCGAUUCUUUUAAAUUCUCCAAUCAUAGCAUUGCUUCUUUCAAAUUUCUUCACCUCUGAUCCGGAAGAUGUCUACGGUAUAAACGUCAAUCUAAAAGCUGUCAUUACAAUUUUGUGUUUUACUUAUGUUUAUACGUGUAUACGCGUAUUUGUGUACCAAGAUGUUAUGAAAAGUCAACCGUCAUCACUCCAAGCCGGAAGAGCUCAUGAUGCUGAUAAUACAAAUGACGAAAAUCCUCAAAAUUGGAAUCCUCAAAAAUGGAGAAAUUUUAAUUUUUGUCUUUUUAUUUUGGCUGCCAUUUUUUUUCCAGAUUAUGAUGACAGGCGAGCGAUCUUCCAUGGUUUAGCCCCUCCACUUUUCCUCGUUGCAUUUUCUGUGUGUAUGCAACUGCUUUUCGACAAGUGUUCAUUUGGAGGCGAAAGGGAACGACAAUCAUCCUCAAACUUGACCAGAAGAGUUCCUGACUCUGUAAGCCAAAAUCGUACAAAAAAUUCAAUCUGGACAGAACUUUAUUUUACUCUUAUUUUAAUAACAGCCCUCUGCUUGUGGAUGUCUCAAAAGUUCCAUCCUGCUCUCUUUAGUGGCAUUGGUCUUAUUUUUUGGAUCAUUGCUUUAUUUGUGUAUUUGCAUUUAUGCUGGAAUGAUAGAAAAAAGAAGACUUCUAGUGCUGACAAAAUAAAGAAUGAAAAUUUUGAAACUUACCGGAAAGCUCGUGCAGGAAAACGGAUAAAAGUUACAUUAUAUCUUUUUGGGGCUGAAACUUUAGUGGGUUUUAUUUUAUUAAUUACCAUCAACACGGAAGAGCCUAGGAACGAACUUUUAAACUGUUUUCUUGCUCUUUGUCAAUGGAUCUCUGUAAUAAUUAUGGUUCUGGGCAUGUAUGAGCUGUUUGGUCCAACUGGUGAUACUAUUAACGUAAAUCUUGAAACUGGAAGGAAAGUUGGUGAAAUAAAUUAUCAGUCUGUACCGGAGAAGUGCAAUUGUAAUUCUGAUGAUAUAAAUGAUCAAAAACCUGAAACUGAACAGGAAACUAGUGAAACAAAUGAUAAAAAUUCUGUAUCUCUCCAGGAUGAAAGUGUUGCUGAUAGAACAAAUGACGGAAAGCCUGACCAGAAGGUUACUGAUGCUGAUGAAACAAAUGAUCGGAAUCCUAUACCUGAUCAGAAUGAUCCUGAUGCUGGUAAUAUAAAUUAUCAAAAACCCGAAAGCGACCAGGAAACUAAUGAAGCAAGUGAUCAAAAUUCUGUAUUUGUCCAAAAUGAAAAUGAUGCUGAUAGAACAAAUGAGGAAAAACUUGACCAGAACGUUUCUGAUGCUGGUGAAGCAAAUUAUCAGAAUCCCAUACCUAACCAGAAUGAUCCUGAUGCUGGCGAAACGAAAGAAAAAAUCUCCGAAUCUGUCCAGAAAAUUUCGUAUGUGGUUGAAACUAAUGAUCAAGAUUCUGUACCUAACCAAAACGACUCGAGUGUUGCUGCAGAUAAUGACCAGAAUACAUCCGGAUCAUAUUUUCUAAGCUGGUUUUAGUAGCUUAAAACUUUGAAACUUUAACUUAUGACCAGAAUGCAUCUGGCUCAUAUUUUCUAAGCUGGUUUUGGUAGCUUAAAACUUUGAAAACUUUAUUUUGGAACUUCUACGUAACUAAAAUUCGGACUAGUAAAAUCCAAGAAAUAAGUUGAUGGAAAUAUUACUCCAAAAACAGCGGGGGCUGAUCAUCUCAAAGAAGCUACUAAUGAAGAUAUAUAUAAAUUCGCGAUCUGUUAAAGUGUGCCAAAAAAAGCGGACUCACCUAAAUAACUUUUGAACUAAUGAUCGGAUCUUCACGUUCUAGGUUUCAAUCUUAAUGCU